UAAGAUAAGAUAUGGAAAGAAAUUGGAUUCGGUUACUAUUUGUAGGGUCUGAGAAUUUUAUUCCUUUAUAUUUUCAAUAUAAUCAUGAUCAUGCAACAUAUACUAUUUUAAUCACAGACUUUUUAUCUUUGUAUAAAGAGCGGCUUAACAAUGAUGUUUUAUUAAAACGAUUUAAGAAACUCAAUCCUUUCUUAAAAAUUUCAGAUUUGCAAGUUUUUCAAGAGAUUAAAAAAACGCUAGUUAUUGAAAAAAAUGACUCCAAAGAUCAACCAAAAAUUAAAGUCUUAUUUAGUGAUAAAAGUAAUGAGCUUUUAAAAGAAGACAUCAAAAUUCAAAUUACUGCUAAUUUAUCAUCCAAUGAUAAAUCAAUAUAUAUUCCUUUCAAUUGGGAUUUUAUUGUUAAAGAAUGUUCAAGAAUUGAAUUUGGAGCAUAUGUUAGUCUACCACUUAUAGUUACAGCAAAUGAAUGCCUGAAUUUGUACAAUGUAUUUUGCUCACAAACAAAUCUUCAAAAUUUAAGCACUGAUGACUUCAUUACCUCGGACAGAGGUGAUGGUGUAGACAAAGAUAUGGUAUCAAAAAAUGCCUGGAAAAAAAUUGAAAAAUCGCCUAGAAAAAGAAUUAGAGCGGCUUUAACUCCUGUUUCUUUGAAAGAACUCUUUGUAGCCCUGAAACGUAAAUUAUUGCCUACAACUCCAUCUUCCUCCACCUCGGUCAAAGCGUCAAACACCGAUUCAUCGGAUUCCGAUUCCUAUAAUCCCACCCUUACUCGCGUGGAAAUUAAAGAUCGCAAAUACUACGUACAUCGCGCAGGUGAUGCUCUUAAGGGGGAAGAAAAAUCAAAGCGGAAAGUAGUUAAAAAUUCGUCAAAUCUCACUAACGAGACUCAAAAUCGUAUUUUGUCGCUACUGAAUCAAAAUAAGGAACCCGUUACUUCUGUAGGGGGUUUUUUUAAUUCCAAAGAUAUCAACUGUGUAUAUAAAGACGUUUGCAAAAUAUUUACAGCACCCGAUAACUUGAAAGAUUUGAACAAACUCACCAUAUUUUUUGAUCACUCCUUUAGAAAUUUUUCAGAGGAGAGUUUAAAUAUUGAAAACCCCCAAGACGGUAAGAAAAUCUCUAAGGACAAAAAAUUGGCAACAACAGAAUCCUAUCCUGAAACUGAUUCUGGGGACAGAGAUUCAGAAGUUUCGUCGACAUUUGAUGGUGAUAGCGAUCGAUUUGAAAUGAAUGAGAAAGAUAUGGAAAAGGAGAAAAAAUUGAUGAAACGCAGACAAAAAAUGCUUAAAGAGGUUUUGGAAAUCGAUAAAAAGAGGCAGGAAAUAAAACAUUUAGCCAAAAUUAAGCGGGAAAAGGAACAACAAAAAAAUUUUCAAUUAUGAUUAUAGCUAUUUAAUUUUAUUUUUCAAUUUAAUACAUUUCUACGAGAUUAUUAUAACGUGGAUCAAAAGAAUCAUAUUUGUAAUAUAUUAUAAA